AUGGUGAAGAACGACAUAUACAAGGAACAAAACCUCAAAGAAGACAAAUACUUCCACAUCCAGGAAUCAUACGUUCAUAAUUUUCAAACCCCAUGCCUAACCAACAAAUUCUACUCAAAGUACGAAGGUAACCUAACGGAUUGCGACCCGAAAAUUUUGGAAGAGGUGCGCAGAAGAGAGAAAUACGGCCCCAAAGAAAAAUACCCCAGUCCUGUGACUACCAGCAUGGAGUAUGGAUGGUAUGCUCCCUACAUGGAGAGAGAUAAGAGGUUCUACUUUAACAGCACUUCAUCUCCCUACACAAAAAUUAUGUUGGAUUUGAUGAAGCAGAACAAAACCGAGAAAAAGUUUGCGGGGGUGCCAUUUUUGCUUCAAUAA